UACGUCCCUUAGUACAAAAUGGCAGCCUCUGGGGGAGGAAUUGCUCCUCUGCCACCAAAACGACCCACAAUCAUACGCCCUAGCCCUGAAGGAGGUCCGCCCGUACCUUCUAGACCAGCCCCGUCAGUGCCUGGAGGGGUCCGCCCUCCUCCUGCAGUACCUCACAGAACAAUUGAUGCAGAAGUAGUGCACUCCAGAUCACAGCCUCCACCUCCACCCUCUAGACCCUCAGAUCCAGUCAGACAGCAAGUCCCUCCUCCAUCGAAACUUCAACCCCCACCACCUUCAAGGCCCCCUGAAGUGGCUAGAGCAAAAUCUAGCAUCAUAAAGGCUACGGAUAAGUCAAAUAAUGCAGCUGUACGGAAGAGACCAGAAAUUACUAUUGUGAGUGCGCGGCCCAUGAGUGAGAUUGAUUUUAAGGGCACAAAACCUGCUCUAUCUCCAACCAGUCAUGUCAAAGAAGAAAUCCAAUCUGCUUUAGUACCUUCAUCUUCACCAAAAGAGAAGGAAAUUUCUGCUGCACCAGCUCACCCUCCUGCUCCAGCUCCGAGAGUGUCCCCAAGGGUGGAAAAGCCAGAUAAAGCACAAACUAGUCCAAGGGGAGCUCCCCCACCUGUGCCUAGACAUUCUGUGAUAAGGACCAAUGUUGAUGAGGAGAGUGAUCUUAUGCAUGAAUCAAAAUCUGAGGAGAUUAAAACUGUUCCAAGAGGCCCUCCACCACCCGUGCCUAGACCUACUAUAAUAAAGCCUAAUGUGCCUCCUUCAGCACCCUCAGGAAGAACUCCUCCAUUACCAGGGAGGCCCCCUGUUUCACCAAAGGUGCCUCAUCAGGGAAUAUCUGAACAUUUUCUGGAACAAAAUUUAGAUAGUCAUGACUCUCCUGUUUCACCACCAAUGCCCUAUGGGGCACCCCCACCUGUGCCUAGGGGUCCUUCAGUUAUGAACAAGUUACCAUCCCCAUUAGUGCCUCGUAAGAUAAAUGAUCUGCCACAAAAAGAUACAAAUGAAAUCCACAAGAACUCUGUUGACACUAAUAUAAAUGCUGCUGACUUACAGGAUAAAACUGACACUGUUGAAGAUGUAAGUGAACUAUAUGCUGUGAUAAAUAAACCGAAGAGACCCACUAUAAUCAGACCUGGUAGACCAAGUAGUACAGUAAAAACUGAAUCAAAUAGAGAAAAUGACGCAAGUUCUGCAAAUGAGAUUAAGCCAAAAAUUUCGCCCACACCUAGAUUACCAAGAAACAUUAAAAAUGAACGUGAAUCCUCAAAUGUAGACAAUUCAAUGGAUGGCAGUGAAGAACAAUCUGAAAAUAAAAGUGAUGGAAAUCCAGUUCCAGAGUUUCUGAGAAAAAAAUUAAAAUCAACUGUGGAUCAAGGUGACAAACAAGAAACAGAUGAAUCUGGUCCCACUGCUGGCGGUGGGCCAAAGGUUCCUCUUAAACCAAGACCCCUGUCAUCCAAGGGACCGCCCCCAGCAACUAAACCUAAACCUUCUGUUCUUCCAAGGCCACAUAUUGCUUCAAAGCCACAGUCUACUGUGAAAGCACCUGAGACUGAGUCACAUGAAGCGACAUUCAGUCAGAAUGCAGCAAUGGAAAAGAAAAGCAUUGAAAACCAGUCUGAAUUUCAUGAUAAUGAAGUACAUAAAGAGGCUGUCGGUGAAGUUCCACAGCAAGUUAAACCUGCAAUGACGAAGAGACCAACUAUUAUUCGUCCGAAUAAAUCAGUUAAAACAAGUAGUGUAGAAAAUGUAAGUAUAGAGAGUAGAACAGAGAAAAGUGAUUCUGAUAAAGUUAAUUUAUUCAGUGACGACAGUGCCAUAGAUGUGAAACAUCGCACGCAACCGCCUCUCCCGAACAAAAGACCUGUCUCAAUGAUUAACAUCCAUAGAGCCGUGGAAAAUGAAGAUCACAAUAUGUCAGAAAAUCUUUCAUAUAAUUCAUCACGAUCUAUAGAAAAUGUAAGUGAAACUGUCAGUCCUAAACCUAGACCAGCUGCAAGAUCAAGACCAGUUACUAUGAUCGUCCCUCCUGUUUCCCGGCCUCCAUUACCAAGUGCAGGACCAAAGCGCGACAAAUCUGGCCAACCAUCUAGGCCUCUUGGAAGACCACCAGUCAAACCUCUGGCACCUGAGAUCGACAGUCAUGGCAAAAAACAUGAUAGUGAAGACGAUGUUAAUGACAAAAAGCCAUUGUCACAGGUUCCUUUUGGUGUGUCAGUUUUUCCAAAGCCUGAAGUGGAAAUUGAUAGCCCUCCAAAACCGAUUCACAGGCCUCCACCUCCAAUGAAAUCCCCGCGAAAAUCUUUAGACUCUUCGGAUGAUGACGAGUUUGUAACAGCCAAAGAAAAGCCAGACAGACCUUCAGCUGCACCAGUUCGAAGGUUUUCCGGUUCUGUUCAUAGAGAUUCUGGUGAAGAUGAUGUGAAAAAACCACCUCGUCCAGGCCCACCUCCUGCUCACAAAGAUGAACAUGAUGAAGAUAUAGUGAAGAUUAGACCUCCAAAGCCAGAGGGAAGACCUCAAAGACCAAUGUCAAUGCCUGUCAAACAAAGUCCACCACAAAAAUCUCCACCACAGAAACCUCAAGGUCCAAGUACAGGAAAGAAGAAUUUACCCUCGUUGCCAUCACGACCUAAGCCUGGUCAUCCCCUGUACUACCAUAUGAUGCAAGUUCCUCAUGGGAUAGCUGUACAUGACUAUACAGCUCAACAUGAUGAUGAACUUAGUUUCAAGACUGGUGAGUUAAUAAUCCUCAUAAAAAGAGUGGAUGGUGACUGGAUACUGGGUAAAGUUGAUGAGAGAGAAGGGAUGUUUCCUCAAGAUUUUGUCAAAGUAAAGAUGCCAUUCCCUGGAGAGAAAGUUGAGGAUGACAACUCUUCGAAUGACUCCGCAGAAAUGUUUUACGAUGCCAGUGCGGAAAAGCCAGAUACGAUAGGCCAUGGACCAAGAUGUAGGGCGCGGUUUGACUUUGAUGGAGAGGGUCCUGAUGAUCUUGUAUUUGAGGAAGGGGAUGUGAUAAGACUUAUUGAAAAGGUUGGGCUGGAGUGGAGAAAAGGGGAGAUCAAUGGACAUGUUGGGUUGUUUCCCUUGUCAUUUGUUGAAAUUAUUGAAGAGUUACCAGAAGAGGAAGAAAAGGAUACAGGAAGUUAUGUAAAGGCUAUUUUUGACUUUGAAGGUGAAGAAGGGGAUCUAAAUUUUCAGGCAGGUGAAACUAUCAAGGUUACACAUAUGGUUAAUGGUGAAUGGCUGUAUGGGGAGAUAGGGGUCAGGAAAGGUCAAUUUCCAGUCCAGUUUGUAGACCAUGUACCUCAUGGAUUGCCUCCCUUGUCUAGUGGUGACAGUGAUGCCAAGGGAGACAACUUCACAGAAACAAAUGUAGAAGAUAAACUGACAGCAACUUUAUCAAUGUGGGGUGAUGAAGAUCAUAAUACACAGACUGAUUCAUCAACGGGUGCUUCUAGACUUGACUCCCAUGCGCAACAUUUUCAAGACCCUGUUUCCAUGGCAACCUCAAAAUCAGUGACCCCUUAUUGUAUAGCAUUGUAUGAUUACCCAGCACAAUCUAUGGAUGACUUAGAGUUUAAUGAAGGGGACAAUAUUGAAAUUAUUGAAAGAGUAAGUGCCGAUUGGUUAAAAGGAAAAAUUGGCGGGAAAACUGGAAUGUUUCCAUCUGCUUUUGUUGAUGUCAAAGUUGAUAUUACUGAAACAG